AUGGUCAUGGGAGCUGGAACAUUCCACGCCCCCGGGGGGGAACCGACGCCCCCGGCGGGGAAACCGACGCCCCCGGCGGGGAAACCGACGCCCCCGGCGGGGAAACCGACGCCCCCGGCGGGGAAACCGACGCCCCCGGCGGGGAAACCGACGCCCCCGGCGGGGAAACCGACGCCCCCGGCGGGGAAACCGACGCCCCCGGCGGGGAAACCGACGCCCCCGGCGGGGAAACCGACGCCCCCGGCGGGGAAACCGACGCCCCCGGCGGGGAAACCGACGCCCCCGGCGGGGAAACCGACGCCCCCGGCGGCGGGGAAACCGACGCCCCCGCUGCCAUAUACAGCCACUGUCACAGAGAAGGACAAAGGUGCCCACAAAAAGCAAGGCAACAUUGGUGUUUGGAGGCUGGUGUAA